AUGGCAAAGACGACGUAUUUGGCCCUGUUUUGUUUCUGCGUGCUGAAGAACAUCUCGGUGUUUGGGAGGGAUCCCGCGAGUGCACUCGAGAGGAUAACAGAGUUUAGGCAGCAGCACAGGAAGACCCUGGACGGGAGGCUAUGCGCUGCUGCGUUUCUGCACGACGACCAGACGUACACGGACUGCACGAAUGCGACUUCUCCCGAUGGGACCAGCGGGAGAGAAUGGUGUUACGUCGAAGUGCAGCUGCUGGGGAAAGGGUCCCGUGAUUGGGACUACUGUGCCAACGCUGUGAACUACGACAAGCUGAGGCUUCAUGCGAAGAAGGUGUUCGAAGACAAGUCCAUAGAAGCAGAUAGAUUGAAAGAGAGGCUACACGUGUUGAACAGCCGAGUACACAGUAUGCUGCAAAAGUAUGAUUCCGUUUGUGGAAGCAAGCAUGAACUGGUAGCCUCGAGAAUAGGAAAAAUUAACCAGUGGGUUCAAACGAGUGUAGAAUCUCUAAAACAAAUUGAAGAAAAUGCUACCGAUUUAGAUGCAACCAAAAAUAUAAUGGAUAAAGUACAAGUAGACAUGAAACGAGAAAAAAAUGACGGGUUCAUAGAUGUGGAACAGAAUUGUGAGCACUUUGAUGGUUACGAAGAGGAGCCCCACAGUGAUGGGCUUAAGGUGUCCUAUUUUAAUAACCCGUUCUUAGAAGGAAUCCCAGUAGAGAGUAAAAUGGAAAAGAAAAUAAACUUUGUUUACAGCAAUAGAGGACCAUCGGAGUUGGUCUCUCCCUAUAGAUACUCCCUCCGGUAUGAGGGUUACUUGAUGAUUCCACACAGUGGGGUGUAUACUUUUACGGUCGAGACGAACUGCUACGCUAGAUUACUGUUAAACGGGAAAGUGGUCCUUGUACAUGGUUUUGCGGAGUCAGGAAGGAACGAACACGCAGGAGUAAUGGAGGAGACACAUACGGUUGGUCGAGGGGACCAGUCCUCUUUGGAGUUCCCAAGGGGGGGGAAGAAGCCUUCCUUCUUGGACCUCCAUGGGGGAGUCUCUACCUUGGCCGAAAUGAAUGACGAACCGAGCAACGUAGUUAAGGUGUCGAAGCCGAUCGAGCUGGUCGGAGGAGAGAAGAGUAGGUUCAUCUUAGAGGUGUCCCACUCGUCUCACUUGAAGUACGAGAAUGGCGGGUUUUUCCUGCAUGGGGAUGGCGGCCCCGUUAAGAAGUCCUCUCCAGUUGGAGAAGCGACCCCAAAUGGGGACACCCCAGCAGCGGCCUCCUUCGCACUAUUUUGGCAGUCCAGCAGAAUCGACAAGCAGCCCAUUAACAGUAGCUACCUCUUCCAAGACAACGUGGUCCCACCCGUUAGGUUCUCCGCAGUUGAUGCAUACAAAUUUGACAUCGGAAUAGUAGACAAGGAGGAGCAAGUGUUUAUAGACGACACCAAUUGGGUGAUUAGCAACGUACCCAGUAAGUACCUCGGGUUGCAUCUACUGAAAACGCAUUUUAGAACCCAUUUUUCACAGUUCUCUAUAUCUAUGAACACAGGCUGUAACCUCUACAUCGCUGCACCGGUAGGGGUCAUUUUCCCCCUGAGUCCGUCAAAAAAUGGAACGACAUGGAAAGCAUUCGACACGGAUGACACUGUAGAAGUUGUUCAAAGUGUAACAAAGGAAAAAAAAUUUUAUAAGAUUAAGUUCAUUCCGUUGAGGAAUCAAGGAGUCCUAAAAUUUGAUGUCCUAGAGGGAAUACCUUUUUGGAUUAUUUCUCAAAGUAGAAAAGUAUUACCAACGAUAUGUUCUGGAGAUGAGGAAGUGUUAUCGAACCCACAGAAUGAGGUCUUCAAGGAGUGUACAGAAUCGAGCAGUUUAUCUCCUGAAUUUAAUUGCCUAGCUGGGUUGAGUAUGUAUCAUAGGGACAAAAAGAACCACACGUGGAAAAGCUCUACUGGAUCUAUAGGUCAGUUCAUAAAGGUCUACUUUAAAAAGCCCAUACAGAUUAAUAAGAUUAAAUUUAAGCCCACAGAUGAUAUGCUAACUUGGCCAUCUGAAUUGGCUCUCCAUUUUGAUGAUGAGGAAGCGGAGGUGGUCAUACCAAUCCGUCAUACACAUAACAUGGAACAGAAUACCACUCGAUUAGAACAUCCAGUAAUUACUACAUCUGUGAUGGUAGAAGUUAGAGAUAUGCAUAACAGAAGAAAUGGAAAUAAUACAGGAGGUUCUUUUGAUAUAAUUGGAAGUACAUGCAACCUGAUGGAUGACGAUUAUAUGACUCAUCAUGCAGUAAUCGAUAUUACUCAGUGUGACAGCUCGUUGAAUAACCUACCUGAUGUGAGUCCUUUGAUGAAGGGGAACAAAAUAUUAGCCAUUUGUCAUGAACACUGCUUGGAUAACUCCGAUAAAGAAGUGAUUUAUGGGUCCGAUUUUUAUUCUACGGAUUCAGCUAUUUGUAAGGCGGCGAUACACGCAGGGGUAUGCAAGCAUGGAGAGAAGAACAGCUGUCAUUUCUUAAUUGUAGUAAAUGGUGGGCAAGCAAAUUUCGUCGGCACUUUGCAAAAUAAUGUCAUGUCUCUCAGUCAGAGCUCUAAGUCCAACUUUUCAUUUUCCCUAUCCAAUGCGUUUCCCUCCCGGGGUGGUGGUUCACAGGGGUGGUCCUACACAGCAACAACUCCAAGUAGCUACUCCGUCGUGUUUAAGACAAAAUCGGUCCUCCUCAAGGGGAACUCCUCCCCAUUCAAUGAGCUCUACUCCGGUGGGAUCGAAUUCCCCCCUGCCUCAGCUAGCCAAAAUUGUGUUUCCGGAAUGGAUUGCCAGAACAACUUUUGGAAGUUUCAGAUUCACGAAAAUGGAAGCUACUCUGUGCAGAUCCUAGUGGGGAAUAAAACAUCCCCUGAAAAGCAGAAGGCCUUUAUCGAAGUGAAUGGCAUUCCCAUCAUAAAGGGGGUGGACCUUGGACGGAACGAGGUCUAUGUCGCCACGGGAAACGUUCAGGUGACGAACAG